UAUUCUUUCAACGUCAAUUAAAUCUCGGUAAAAAACGCGUCUUAUCUAUGGCGAAAGGGUCAAAGUGGCGCCUCGAGAAUGACGCUGCUGCUGCAUAAUCUUUAUGCUGCGCUCUGAGGGGACUGUUUCCCAACCUGUCCUUGUCUUUAUCAAUGCACCAAACUCGCAAAUUCAUCUGGGUGAAGGGGUCAAGGUCGACCCAAGAUGCGGCUGUGUUUGCGGAACAGCUUAGGAGUUUAGAUCAUAGAUAAAGGCGAGUAGUAGACGAGGUUUGGAUUAGGUGGCAGCAUGCAGUCGGUGGGUAAAGUCGUGGUGAGGAGCGUUGCCCGCAGAGCCCCUUGGCAGGAGGUGGCCAUCCCGAUCCCCUGGGGCGAGAUCAGGGGCAAAUGGUGGGGCCCCCUGGACCGGAGGCCCAUCCUGGCGCUGCACGGCUGGCAGGACAGCAGCGGAAGCUUCGACCGGCUGCUGCCGCUGCUGCAGGAGGAGCAGCGCAGCUUCCUCGCCAUUGACCUGCCGGGGCACGGGUUCUCCUCCCGGUUGCCCCCGGGGGUCUACUACGACUACCCGGCCUACAUCUUCACGCUGCAGCACAUCGCGCAGCACUUCCAGUGGCCGAAGCUGUCGCUGAUGGGGCACUCCCUAGGGGGCAUCAUCGCCUACUCCUACACCAUGUUCUACCCGCAGCAGGUGGACUUUGUCGUGAGCAUGGACGGCAUCAAGCCCCUGGUCCACAAGGACCGCAUCUCGCUAAUGGCCAAGAACCUGCAGGCGUUCCUGCGCGGCAACGAGCACGCGAUGAGCGCGGAGGAGCCGCCCAGCUACACUCUGGAGGAGAUGAAGCAGCGCGUGCACCUCUCCAAUUGGCGCUCGGUCGCCUUGGAGUUCGCCCCCUAUUUGCUCUACCGCAACAUUGAGCCGUCGCGGCGCAGCCCCGGCAAGUUCUUCUUCACGAGGGACCCGCGGCUGCAGUCGGGGACACUGAUGGGGUUCUCGCAGGAGGAGAUCGUCGCGCAGGCGCACCACAUCACCUGCCCCAUUUUCGUGUCCAAGUCCACGGAGGGCGGCUACUAUGAGAAGAAGGAGCACUUCUACCAGGUGAUGGACGUGCUGAAGCGCAGCAGCGCCCACUACGACUUUCACUAUGUGGAGGGCACGCACCACGCCCACCUGAACCAGCCGGAGGGGCUGGCGGCGCCGCUGCGCGAGUUYCUGGCGCGGCGCAGCCCUGCGGAGCCCCAAGCCGGCUUGAAUGGGGCGCGCCUCGUAAGCGAAAGCGAAGACCCGCGCGUGUCCCGGAACAGGCUUGAACAGGUUUUGGGAGGCUGACCACAGUAAGACCAUUACUUACCUAGUUGUAAGGGUUUUAGCGGGGGCUUCGCCCCAAGAUGCGGGUGUUAGUGAGACGCUGAAUAGAUCGAUAUUUUUUUUCA